AUGUCUGCCUUUGGUGUGGUUCCGAGUGUAUUAAACACUGGAAACCAGAUCAAGCAGAAAAACGGAACGCUUUUCAAGAAAUCUUCUGGAGUUUACAAUAAACAGCAGCGGGAUCACAAUUCCAGGGAUAAAAAGCGAUCAGCUCGUAAAACAAAUACACCGCCAACACCGACUGAGAGUACUUCCGCAAAGAAGUCAUCAACUCAAUCAGACGACAAAGUGAGUCCUGAUAUUUUACAAUUGUCGCAUAUUGAGAUUCAAUAUGUGGGCCCACUUCUUUCCAACCCAGAAUCUUUGGGAUAUGUGAAACAAAACAAUAAUACCAAAAUCAAGACUCCGAAAUAUUUAGUGGAUACAGAUUCAAACCUGGUUUUUGGUCCUGAUACAACUAAUAAAUGGGAUAUUGAGAACCAGCACAAAAUGAUCGAAAUGGAAUCUUCCCAUCAAGGUGACUGGCAAGGUAUUUAUGAACAAUUUCAAGAAAUGAAUAAAGUGGAGCGUCAAAAAAUGGAAGAUCUGGGCUUGGUGGCAAAAGAGGGACAAAGCAUGGACCUGACAAAUGCUAUCUCAUUCAAAGGUAGCUGCGUGGAUAUGUGUCCCGUUUAUGAUAGAGUCAAGAGGGAGGUACAGAGAGAUGUUGAUCCAUUGGAGAGAGAUCCUGCCACUGGUAAGAUAUCUCGAGAGAGAGCUUUAAAGAAAUUUGUGCGUCCUUCAGGCCAAGCACCGCCUCUUCCUUCUGACGUAAGACCUCCUCAUAUUCUGGUAAAAAGUUUAAACUAUAUUGUGGAUAAUUUGCUGGAUAAAUUACCGCAAAGUCAUUCAUUAAUUUGGGAUAGAACCCGUAGUAUCAGACAAGAUUUUACACUACAGAGCUACUCUGGCUUGGAAGCAAUUGAGUGUAACGAAAGAAUUUGUCGCAUACAUCUACUUUGUGCUCAUAUAAUGCCGGGUUCUGAUCAAUCUGACUUCUCCAAGCAGCAAGAAAUUGAACAAUUCACAAAAUCAUUGAAAACAUUAACAGACAUAUAUGAUGUUGUCAGAUCCAAAGGAGGAAAAUGUGCCAACGAAGCUGAAUUCAGGGCUUAUAAUUUGCUGGUGCAUUUUCGGGACCCAAAUCUAAUUCAUGAAAUCCAGAACUUACCUACUCGAAUUCUUAAGGACGAACGAGUUCAACUUGCUUUAAUGUUUCGAAGUCUACUAUUGAAUAAUAAUUUCAAAGAAUACCAGAGGAACAUUCCUGGUUGCUUGGGGGUUUUUCAGCAGUUUUUCAAUAUGUGUUUUGAUCCAGCCACCCCAUUCUUAAUCGGAUGUGUGCUGGAACUUAAUUUUGAAGAGAUAAGAUUUUACGCUUUGAAAUCGAUCUCACGUUCUUAUCACAAGAAAUCUGCCCCUCUAACGACCCAGAAGUUAGCAUCUAUGCUCGGAUUUGAUUCCGAGGAUAAGCUCCUAACUUUCACUAAUUAUUUCAAGACUCCUACGUGUACUAAUUCUAGAAAUGAAACGUGCAUUGAUAUCUCAAAACUUAGAUACGAGAGUUUUACGGAUUUGGCUGCUCCAAAGCAGAUUUACACUUCAAGAUUAGACAACAAAUUAAAAGGAUUCACCUAUAAGGAUGUUGUUGAUCAAGGAUUAAAUAACACAUCCUUGCACAUAGCUAAUUUGAAAGAAACAAUGGCUCAGAAUCAACAUAUUGCAGUGGAGAAAUUACCCAAUAUCUCAUUUCCACAACAUGCUUUGUCUUCUACCCCUUUCGAAGUAGAAUCAAAGUCAGACAUAGUCAGAUCUUCUUCCGGAUCGGCUCCGCCCCAGACUUUGAUCCCACCGAUUCAAGAAAAAGUAAUAACUUCUCAAAUACAGCCACCAAUAACUCCCGUCGUUCCCACUGAAGAAAUCCAAACUCUUCCAAAAAUAGAGGAGCCCAGGUUCAAAGAUCUUCCAAAUUUUGAAAAUGCAUGCAAAGAGGUUUCCUCUAUUUUAAUCAAGAAGACUAUAUCUCCUUUGAUUGCUCCCAUAGUGAACAAUCAGCUAGAAGAGUACAACCGGCGACAAACGGUUUUAAGGGAUCAGGAGAGACAAAAUCAAAGAAGACAACUUUUGAUUUCAUCCCUUCAGGAAGAAUUGUACUCUGCUUUUAUACGAGAACAAGUGUAUAUUCAAGUGGUUGAUACUCAAGCCAAAGAGUGCUUUAACAAGAAUCUGAAACGGCGAAUAUUUCAGAAAUUCAUCGGGGGUUUAAUUACAUUGAAAAACAAACAAAUGAAUAAGAGAAGAAAACUUGAUGAAAUUCAAGUCUUCAAGAAUAAGGUUGUUUCCUCAAGUCAACUUCGGUAUUCAGUUUCAAGAAGUCAAACGGAGGACAAUUCAACGUCAAACUCGAGUGACGAGGAAGCAUCAGCUGUUCAGAUGAAUAUUACUCUUUCACCAUCUGUGGAUCCACUUUGGUCACCCAUAGAUAUUAAGUUUAUAUUAGACUCCAAUUUAAAGUUGUUUGAGGAUAACAAGGAUAAAUACUGGAAUUUCAUGUUUGCGAUUGCCGAUUGGACUAUUCUACCAAGCAAAUGGCUUCGUUACAAAUUCCAACUUCAAAACCCCAGUCUCAUAAAUACUGUUGAAUCCUCAAAUUACAAAGCCAAAUUACGGGCUCUACCCAGUGACAAACUUCUUACAAGGGAAUACAUGGAGCACUGUCGAUUUUUGGUAUUUCAAGUCGGAAAGGUUGAUGAAUCAUCAAACCUGAAAGAAUCUUUGUUCAGAGACUCACAGUUUAUUAACCGAUUAAUGAAAUAUGCCAAGAAGUACUCGCAAUACCAGAUUGGAGUACUUGUCUUAUAUUAUCAUGAGGAUGACUCUUUUGAUAAACAGAAAAUUAUUGAUCUUUUGUUAUUAGAACAAUACACAAAUAAGUUAGUCAACUCACUCGAGAUAGUUGACAUGAACAAACUCACAAAUGAUGAACUGAUAAAAGCAUUGACCACGCUAGUCCACAACUAUAAGGAUAAAGGUAUCAACAAAUCGGUACCAACAUCUUCCACCAAAGGACACACCACUAGCAUUAUGGAACAGGAUAUGACAGUAUACAGCUACAGCACGUCCAAUUCCAGGGAUGCUAAGCUUAAUUAUAUUUUGAAGCAAGCCUACCCCCGCAGGGGGUUUCACUUGAAACAAUGA